AUGUGGGUGUGUGGGUGUGUGCUUGCUUGUAAGUUUGCCACAACUAUCCUCCACCUUCUGCCUUUGUCAUUUUGCCUUCCAAAAGUUUGAAAUGUAGGCAGUGAAAAGUUAAGAAUAGAAAGUCAUCUGCAAGGCUGGGAAGUGUAGUGUUUUUUAUCUGUAAACACGGAGCAGUUCUAGUGUGUGAAGCAGGGGCACUCAUACUGAGACCGACUGAUGUUAGACUGAAAGACAGAAGUGAAACAAAUUCUGAUUGGCCAGGGCAGCCACCUGUCACACACACAAAAUUAUAGGAGGGGCAGAGGCCUCUGAAACAUCCUGCUCAGCACACACACACACACACACACACACACACACACACACACACACACACACACACACACACCGAGAUGCUUCAUGAACCACCUCCAUUGCUGCACGAGACGACAGCAAUAAACUUCAGAUCUACACAUCCAGCCUCCUGACUCUUCGAGACUUACAGGGGUAUUUCAGACACAACAGAAGCUAUAUCUGUUACCUUGUGCUUCUUGCUUGCAGUUGGAAUAUUGAUUUUGGAAUUUGCCAGUACUGCUGUUUGCUGUACUGGUACUCAGCUCAAGACUCAAAGAAGCUCGGUUUGGGCUAGGCACAUGGUUUCAGCAUGGCCCCAUUCAGUUGCAGUCGAAAGGGCCUCUGGCUGGCGAUAGUGCUGGCUGUUCUCACGCUGUGCUGGUUUUGGAUUCAGGAGCGGAGAGUUGACUCGAGUAGGCGCAAGAGUUUUGUGCUCAUGAGUAAAAUCAUUUCAUUACUUCAGCUUCAGCCACAGUGGAGGAGGAACGUCACAAACAGCGAGGCACUCAGGAGGAAUUUGAAGGAGUGUUGUGAUGCAGAGAGGCUGUUUGCAGUGACACAGCACAAUGCUCCUCUUGGCUCCGUACUUCAGUUCGAUUUGGACAGCUCCACCUCACACACUGUCGACGCACACACCUAUUCGCUGUUUGUGAAGGAGCCUCCCCUGCCACGUCGUCUGAGCUCCUGUGCAGUGGUUGGGAAUGGGGGCAUCCUGAAGAACAGUGGCUGUGGCCAAGAGAUCGACCGAGCCCAGUUCAUCAUCAGGUGCAAUCUUCCUCCCUUGACUACAGAUUCUGGCAAAAGGACACACAUUGUGACAGCGAACCCAAGCAUCAUAGACAAAAGGUUCAAGGAUCUGAAGGGUUCCAAGCUAUUGGAGUGCUUGAGUGUGUAUGACAGAAGCUUCAUCUACAUGCCAGCCUUCUCUUCAAGUAUCGGCAUAAAGCCAUCCUUUUGGGCUGCUCAAACAGUUGCUGAUGCUUCAGCCAAUCAGACAGUCCUGUUCGCCCACCCGGAGUUCCUGCGGCGUGUCAGUGCCUUCUGGGCGGCCCGGGAUGUCAGUGCUCAGCGACUCUCCACCGGCCUCUUCAUGGUGACACUCGCCCUCUCCCUCUGCGACCAGGUGGACGUCUACGGCUUCUGGCCCUUUUCACACGGACCGGACAACAAGACACUCUCUCAUCAUUACUAUGACAACGAACCUCCCAACAGUUACCACGCCAUGCCGCAGGAGUUUAAGCAGUUGACGCAGCUGCAUGACAGCGGAGUCAUACGACUGCAGCUGGGAAACUGUGGAGGCGUUGAACAUGAACUGAGUCAUUGACUACUACUGCAACAGUCACAGUAAUUAUGUCACAGUCACUGUAAUGAUGCGUUUAACCUAUUCUUAGGUCUUACACCUGCAGCAACAUUAUGCAGGUUUUUACCAUUUCUUGUUUGAGUAGUAGCUUGCAUUCUCAAAGUCCUGAUGGUACAUGGUCAUGUUCAGUUAGAGCCAGUAUUAUUUCUGAUGUAAACGCAGAUGGCCUCAGAAAACACUGUAAAAAGAUGCAACCAUGGGAAAUGUCACCUGGAUCACAUUGAUGGAUCUUUGUAAGACUGUCACUGAGUGCAACUCCUCCACCUCAUGUAUUGACCCUGUACCUACAGCAUUUAAGCGGGUGUUCGACAGGGUUUCAAGUCAUGUCCUGAAGAUUAUAAAUACAUUUCUUCAAACAGGCAUCUUCUCAGAUGCAGGGAUGGAUUAACGAACGGGCCUACCGGGCCCAGGCCC